AUGUCUUCUCCGAGCAAAUUGCCAGUGUUCAAGUCACUCCUGCUGUUGCUGAUUCUGGCAGUCAUGAUGAAAACAGGAGUCUCCAUGCCAAAGAGAUCUGGCUGUCCCAAAGCUGAAAGGAAUGAUUCUUAUCAGAAUAUGAGGAUCAACAUGAAUAUCAUUAACAGGAACCCAGGCUCAAAGAUGUCCCCCAAUUACAAGAACCGUUCCACCUCUCCUUGGGAUGUAUUUCCUAAUGAGGAUGCCAACAGAGUACCUCGCACAAUCUGGGAGGCUAGGUGCCGUCACUCAGGUUGCAUCAAUACUGAGGGGAAAGUGGACCACAACUUGAACUCCGUCCCCAUCCGACAGGAGAUCUUGGUCCUCCACAGAGAGAUUGCAAACUGCUCCACUUCCUUCCGGCUGGAGAAGAUGCUAGUGACUGUAGGAUGCACCUGUGUCACCCCUCGCACAGUGCCCUGA